UGAUUAUGUCCAUACAACAAUCAUAUUCACAAUUUUAUGAGUAAAGCGCAUCCGAAUGAGGUCUAUCUGUGAACAGCGAUGGAUUACAAUUGCAGUGGUAACUGCAACAUUUGUGCUAGCUACUUCAUAUUCAGAAUCGCCACCGUUAUUGGCGGUGUCGCCAUGCCCAUUCACCUCCAUCUUCAGUUUCGGCGAUUCUCUUGCUGACACAGGCAACUUGUAUCUCGCUUCCCACCAUCCUUCUGAAGACUGCUUCCUUCCUCCCUACGGCGAAACCUUCUUUCACCAUGUCUCUGGACGCUGCUCCGAUGGCCGCCUCAUCAUCGAUUUCAUUGCUGAAUCAUUGGGACUUCCAUUGGUGAAAGCUUAUAUGGGAAAUAAGAAUGGCGACGGAGGAGCCAAUUUUGCUGUGAGUGGAGCGACGGCUUUGGAGCCCAGCUUCUUUGAAGAGAGGGGUUUUUCUGUCCCAACCAAUUAUUCUUUGACACUUCAAUUGAAUUGGUUCAAGGAAUUGCUACCUUCUCUCUGCAAUUCUUCCACAGAUUGUCUUGAGGUUUUUCGGAACUCAUUGUUUCUUAUGGGUGAAAUUGGAGGAAACGAUUUCAAUUAUCUUCUCUUUCAACAAAAGAGCAUAUCAGAAGUUAACACAUAUGUUCCAUACGUAGUCAAUGCAAUAGCUUCAGUUAUCCAUGAGUUAAUUGGUAUAGGGGCUCGCACGCUAAUUGUUCCAGGAAAUUUACCGAUUGGAUGUAGCGUAAUCUAUUUAACAAUUUAUGAGACCCUAGAUGAGAAGCAGUAUGAUCAAAGUGGGUGUUUGAAAUGGUUAAACGAAUUUGCUGAAUAUUACAACUAUGAGCUCCAAAGCGAAUUGGACAAGCUUCGAACACUUCAUCCUCAUACUAAUAUUAUUUAUGCUGAUUACUACAAUGCUGCAUUACCUUUAUAUCGUGACCCCACAAAGUUUGGAUUUAUUAGUCUUAAAGCCUGUUGUGGAAAGGGAGGUUCAUACAAUUUUAAUACAUCAGUAAUGUGUGGUUAUUCAGGCACGAAUGUCUGUGGUGAUCCUUCUAAGCAUAUCGGAUGGGAUGGAAUUCAUUUAACUGAAGCUGCAUAUAAAUUAAUCGCUCAAGCUUUUAUAGAAGGACCACAUUCUCAACCUCAAUUUAGUUCGUUGUGUUUGUCUAAUGUAAAUUUUGGUCAUUUCAAUAGUUAAACUAAUCUUCUUUUUAUUUGAAAGGAAGUGUACAAGUUCAAUGUAACUCUCAUAAUAUAAAUAUUGUUUGUACACAUAUAUUUUAUUAAUAUAGUUGUCAAAAAAUUUACAA